AUGGCGGCUGGAAAGUUGUGUAUCCGAGGAAACAAGGAGGAAACUGCAGAGUGGACUGGGUUGUUCCUGAAUGAUUUAAAAACCAAACAAGCAUCUCUGAUCUUUAUCAAGAGGAUGAUGGCUGUGGCUGUGUCGUCCAUCACUUAUCUGAGAGGGAUUUUCCCAGAGUAUGCCUACAGGUCCAGAUAUCUGGAAGAUUUGUGCAUCAAAGUUUUGCGUGAAAACUGUAACACCUCUGGCGCUAACAAAAUUGUGAAAUGGAUGAUGGGCUGCUUUGAUGCUUUGGAAAAGCAGUAUCUCCAGAUUAUAUGCAUCGGGGUCUACACCAAUCCAGAGAACCCUAAUUGUAUCGUUGAGUCUUAUCAGUUUAACUUCAGAUACACUGAAAAUGGACCAGAGAUGGACAUACUCCGGAACAAUGAUAUGGAGUUACAGGUCACUCUGGAAGACACCAAAAAAGCCUCAGUGCUGCUCAUCAGGAAACUCUUCCUGCUUAUGCAGAACCUGGACGCCCUUCCUAACAAUGUCUACCUCACCAUGAAGCUGUACUACUAUGACGACAUCACUCCUGAAGACUACCAACCACCGGGCUUCAAGGAAGGGGUGUGUGACCGCCUGUGGUUUGAAGGAAUGCCCGUGCACUUCAAAGUGGGCGAGGUGAACACAGCCUUCCACUCUCUAAGAGUCCGUGUGUCGGUGGAACAAGGCCAGGUGGAGAAACUUCAGAAAGGGAACUAUGUGAAGGAUUCAAAGCAGGCUUCUCCUGAAGGGGAAACGAUGAAGGAGGGACCGAAGAAAACUGAUGCUGAAGAGGACCUUCCAUCUGAGGAUGAGUCUGCACAGUUCAAGAAACCAAGAAGACCACAGGCAAAGAGGAAAGCCGCUCUCAAAAAUCUGUCAAAGAAGAAGAUAAUUUAG